AUGUCUGAAGAAAUUUUCCAAUUAUAUACUCCCGAACAAGUAAUGGUGGUAACCUCUCCUCAAUUUCAAUCGACGAUUUCCGACACCGACAACUCUACUGCUAUUUUCAUAAAUAAUCCCGAUAUUCAAGACUUUACUAUUUAUUCACAAGAAACUUCUACUUCUGAAUUUUUGAAUAAUGGUUUCCCAAACAUUUUUCAUGUCAGUCCUCAACAGGCCAUUGUAGAGUCUGUCGGUUCCAAUUUUAAUAGUCCCCUCAAUAGUCACAUUGAAUCAUCACCAAUAUUAGAAAAUUCUGGUUACACUCAUUUGGACCAAUCGAUUCAGAUUCUAACUUCGCCACACGGGAAUUCUAUAAACACUCCAUCUUUGAAUCUUCAGACAAAUAACGUCUUCACUCCUCAUUCAUCCCCUUAUACUCCUUUAUUAGAAGACAAUAUUCUUUUAAAUUCUCCUAUAUCUUAUAAUAUUGGAGUUCCUCAACAACAGCAACAAAAUAUUUCUGGCGUGAACUUAUUUAACGAAGCAAUCGGAACUCCGGUUUACUCUGAUUUGGGUACUCCUCAAGUUUUUACUACUUCUAUUUCUACUCCAUAUACCCCUUAUCGGGACGAGCCUUGUUACUCCGGUAUUUCGUCUCUAAACACAACUCCUUAUCUUCCUCCUCAAACUCCUGAUACUCCAUUCCUUGAUCAGAGUUAUCUUCGUGCUUGCAAGGAUCCUGUGUUAUUCGAUAGUUUUUCAAAAGAAGAUUUUUUUCCUUUAUUCUAUACAAAUAAUAAUCCUACUAUUUCUUAUUGUAACAUGGCUUCAAUUUCCCAAAUGGAUAUUCAUGAUAUUGAAAAGAAACUUGAUAUUUCCUCUUCUGAAGCUGCUGUAGUCCCUGGUACCCCAAGCAGUGGUUCUAUUUCCACUUCCGAAAAAUCUCCUUCAUUAGCUGUUCCUGAACAUGCUUCCGAAAUUGAUCCACGUCCUUCUAACAUUGAUUCUAUUGACGUUAAUAAUAAUUCUGGAACAAAAUCUCCUAAUCAUUCUAGUGAUUCCGCUCAUACUACUCCUGCAAAUACUCCACGUUUGGUUCCUAUUAGACCUCGUGAAUCUGGUGAGCAUUCAGAACCAAUUCGUCGUAGUAAACGUCAAAAAAGAAGGUGA